AUGGGUAAUUCAGUAGUUGAAGCCGAGCAGGGGCGCAACUCAUCCCCGGACAACCAAACAACCCUCGAUGAAAAAGAACAAGAGCGACUGGGGCGUCAGCGGCCUGAGGUCUUCAGCAACACUUUGCAAGAAGUUGGAUUCCGCGCGUCAGUGCUGCUAUCCAAUAUAAUGGCAGAGUUCCUCAUGAGCGGCUUCAACGUCCUUCUACCUAAUCUCAUAUCCGACCUUCACUUCUCUGCAAAUGAUAAGACUUGGCCGUCCAGUGUCUUCUCUCUAGUUGCCGGAGGGUUUCUUCUACCCUUUGGACGACUCACAGACAUGUAUGGGGGCUUCCCCAUGUUCCUUGCCGGUAAUGCAUGGAUGGCCGCGUGGUCUCUCAUUGGAGGCUUCAGCCGCAGUUACAUCAUGCUGGUUUUCUGCCGCGCGCUCCAAGGCCUCGGCGCAGCUGCCUUCCUGCCUUCGGGUAUCUCUCUGCUGGGCAGCUUUUACCGACCUGGCCGCCGGAAGAACAUUGUCUUCAGCUUUACGGUGGUUGUGCACCCUUUGGCUUCUUCUCGGGGAUUUUUAUCGCCGGCGUAUCGGGCCAAUUCUUGA